CCAGGCAUGGGCGUUCUCGACACGGUGGCUGGCAUGAUACCAGGCAUGGGCCAGGGGCCCCUCCAUCAUUACCAUCAUGUCGACACUAUCAAGACCGAGCAUAAGCAUGAGCACAACCACCAUCAUGACGAUCUUCAUCAUGACCACUAUCAUGACCACGAUCAUGACCACGAUCAUGAGCACGAUCAUGAGCACUAUCAUGACCACGAUCAUGACCAUCAUCAUGACGACCAUCACCAUCACCAUGAUGACCACCACCAUCACGGCCACUACCAUCAUGAUGACUAUCACGGCCACCAGCAUCACCGCUACCACCAUCAUGACGCCCAUUACAAUCAUGGCCCCUACCAUCAUUACGACCAUCACCAUCACGGCCACUACCAUCAUGACAACCAUCACCAUCACGGCCACCACCAUCAUGUCGAUCACCACCAUCAUCAUUACAACCCCUACCGUCAUUACGACCACCACUUUCAUCGCAACCCCUAUUAUCACCACCAUUAUCCUAUCAAUCCUUUCGACCCUAUCUUUCCUUUUGAUCCUAUCUAUCCUUUCGACCCUAUACUUUAUUUCGACCCUAUCCGUCCUGUCGACACUAACCGUACUGUCGACCCAAUCCCUCCUGUCGAACCUAUCCCUCCUGUUGACCCCAUCCGUCCUGUCCACCCUGCCCGUCCUGUCGGCCCUAUCCUCGGCUAUAGUCCAGUAUUCUAUAUGCCGCAAUCUGCAACGAAUUUCUUGGUUUCCAAAUAUUACCGACUGCCCCAGAGCUAUAUUUCCUACAAUGGCCAGGACAUUGGAAUCAAUGCGGAGAUUGAUGACUGGAGGGACUAUCUGGCCAUGCAGGAUGGGUUAAAGCUACUGAUCCCCCUGCUGCUGUUUCUUUUUUUAGCAAUGCCAAUCAUGGGAUCCCUUUAUUGCUGGUUUUGUGGGCGAUGCAGAAAUUGCAGGACAGGCAGCAAGAGAAAAUGUUACUGCUGUGGCAUCCUACUGGCCGUUGCGGCACUCCUUAUGUUUUUAUUUCUCUUUUUGGCCAUGGUGGCAGCCAGUCAAUUAACCAAGGGCCUGGAGAAAAAUGGGCGCUGUACACAGCGAUCCCUUCACCGUUCCCCCCGACAUCUGUAUGACCCCAACUAUAAACCUUUUUUGGAGCGGAUCGAAGUUCCGUCCGAUGCGGGGGACCAUGCUGAGGCCAUCAAGGAUCUAAUCGAGGUGCUUAAGAAUUUGCACGCAGGAAGGUUGAUUUUAGAGGAGUUCCGGGAUGAGCUGCCCAUAGCUAAGGGGUUGGCUAUUAGGUUUCGGGAUGCGUUGCGUGUCGUCAAACAAAAUCUUAAGGAAUUCCUCAUCUCGCACUGCAACCAACAGCAGUGCGGAGAUUUCUACAGAGACAAUGAGAUCAGGAUGCUAGACGAGGGAUGUCUGCACUUUGAUAGAAUUCCCUCAACAGAAGACUUGAUCAAGUCCAUUAACGAAAUUCAGGCCAGUAACUUCGUCAACUAUCCCCUAAUGGCUGCUCAACAGAUCGCAACGGCAUACAGGAAUCGCACUGAAAACCAGCUAGUCGCAGUUUUUAAGAACCUCCAUAAAGACGCAUCGUUGGUCGAACACAGAGUAAAAAAGACAAGGCCGGCAAAGGCGAUUAGUCGUAUUCCCGCAGCUGCUCUGCGCCGGAAGCUGGGACUUUCGUGGUAUGGAAGCACGUUGGGAAUGCUCUUGGUGCUUAUGAUUUUGCCCAUCCUCCUGCUAAUUGCUCUUGUGGUGAAACUGUUUAGUCCGAAUGUGGGCAGUGGGUUACUCUGUGCAUUCCUCACUGCCGCCUUCAUGCUUUUCUCGAUACCCCUUGUCCUGGUGCUCUUUUAUUUGGUCCACGGAUUCUUGACGUAUAACAUUUUCUGUUCUGAAUAUCACCAGGUGCCCGAAAAAAGGAUUCAAUUUGAUGAUCGACCGGAUGAUAAUCGAACGGAUGAUAAUCCACGGAAUUAUGAACCACCGAAUGAUAGUCCACCAGAUGACAAUCCACUGGAUGGUGGGUUACCUGUAUUAAGAUCUGAAGAUUCUUUGUAUCCCCCGGGCGAGAAUCCAUCGGAUGAUAAUCCACCUGUCUUAAGAUCUGGAGCUACGUUAAGUCCACUGGAUGAUAAUCCACUGGAUGACAAUUCACUGAAUGAUAGUCCACCAAUUGACAAUCCACUGGAUGAUAGUCCAUCAAAUGACAAUCAACUGGAUGAUAGUCCACCGUAUAACAAUACACCGGAUAAUAAUCCACCGGAUGGCAAUCCACUCGAUGAUAGUCCACCGGAUGACAAUCCACUGGAUGACAAUUCACUGAAUGAUAGUCCACCGGAUAACAAUCCACUGGAUGACAAUCCACCAGAUGAUAAUCCACUAGAUGACAAUCCACUGGAUGAUAUUCCACCGGAUGAUAAUCAACCUGUGCUAAGAUUUGGAGAUACGUUGUAUCUACCGUAUCAUAAUCCACUUGUGUUAAAAUCUGGAGAUACGUUUAAUCAACCGGAUGGUAAUCCACUGGAUGACAAUUCACUGAAUAAUAGUCCACCGUAUAACAAUCCACUAGAUAAUAAUCCACCGGAUGAUAAUCCAACUGUUCUGAGAUCUGGAGAUACGUUGCAGAGGUGUGCCGGUAAUGAGGCCUUGUGCGGUGACUUGGGUCUCAAAGAGUUCUAUGUCAAUACGAAAAGGGAUAUCCGGGCGGCGGCCGAGGACCAGGAGCUCUUGCGGAGUAAGCUCUUCAGCUACAACAGUUCAGAAUUCACCCAAUAUAUGUGCCGAGAGCUCGUGCCGGAGCCCAAACCAGGUCCUCUGCCGGAGCUGAUCAGUAGACUGGCCAACCUGACCAGAAGUGUGGGAUCGCCUCCUUUUCUGUUAAACCAGACCAUCAGGCUGCAAGUCACUCACAAGAAACUGGGGCAACCGCUAGCGGCGAUCAUUCACCGACUGCUGGGUAAACUGAAGCAGCUGGAUCACCUACUGUCCGGCGGAAAUGAAAGCUUUGACACGUACAUGAGCCGACUUCUGGAAAAGAUUAACCAGUUCCAACGCCGGGAUUUUGUUGAUUUUGUUCUGGAUAAUAGAACCAAGAAGUCGAUGAAGAGCUUAGCACAGGCUCGCCAUUUCCAUGGCCAUCACGGGCACCACCAUCACGGGCACCACCAUCACGGGGACCACCAUCACGGGCACCACCAUCACGGGCACCAUGAUGAUCACCACUACUACCAUUAUAACCACGGCGAUAAUCAAACCGAAGAACUUCACCACGAUUAUGAGCACCACCAUCAACAUUACCACCAUCAUCAUCAUGAUGAUAAUCGCACCGAUCAAAGUGAGAAGUUAGCUCCGUUCCCCUUACAUUCGUAUCCCUAUGUAAGCUUUGAUCCGAAUCCCAAUGGCAGCUUUGAUCCCUAUUUCUAUAACAAUUUAGCUCCGAAUCGCUAUUUGAGAUACAAAGAUCUUUGUGGGAGUAUUGCCAAUCCAAUGAACGCCUUGUGGUUCUGGCUUCUACCCUUCACCCUGAUGCUUCUGCCCGCCCUCUGCUGCAGUCAUUAUCUGAGAUGUUACUGCCGGUGUUGUAUGAAUGUUUGCGCGGAUCCCUGCGCGGCCCCGUGCGCGGCCCCGUGCGCGGCCCAGUGCGCGGAUCCCUGCGCGGCCCCGUGCGCGGAUCCCUGCCCGACCCCUUGUGUAGAUUCCUGCGCGAUCCCUUGCGCGGCUCCCUGCGCGACCCCCUGCGCAUGCGGCCGCUACAGACUACACCUGCUACACGUUGCCAAUGGAGUUCCCAGACUGCUCCUGCUGCACAAUGUCAGACUGCACCCAUUGCAGAUAUUUGCCAGUGGUGGACGAAACGAAUGUCGAUCACUUGAAUUUUAA